AUGGACGUUACCAAGGGUGAUGAUUAUUUAUCGCCUGAUGAUUUUGAAGAUCAAGAAACUUUGAUAUCAAGAAGUAAAUCAGUUGCUAGGAAUAGAUCCAAAUCAGUGCCAAGGAGAAAUACCAGGAAAUCAAGCAAAAGACCAGGAUCACCAAAUAAAAGACCUAAUAGUUCGCUAGGAGUCAGUGGUAAAACAGGUCACGAUUUGUGGAUAACAGCUAUUAAAAAACGACAAGGAGCCUUAAACAGUGGAUCAACUGGUCAUAUUGGUAGUUCACCAAGACAUAAAACACCUAUAGAAUAUUGGGUAGAUACAUUACGCAAAACUGGUUCAGGUAUCAGUACAGAAAGUGGAAGAAAUACAUUUACUGGUUUAAAGAAAGAUAAUGGUUUAGACAUGGCCUAUUAUAGUACAUCACAUCAUUUAAGACAAGUCAUGGGAGUAGAAAAACCUAGAAAAGGUCAAGAGCCAUAUAACAGGUCAGCUGCAGGUACACCAGCUUAUAAAACACCAGAAGAAUAUUAUGAUGAAGUUUUGGAACUCAGAAAGCAAAUCAGUAACCUAGGCCAUGAUAAUUCUACGAUGAAGGCUAAAGUUAGAAGAUUAGAAGAAGAUAAAAUUAAAAAGGAUAAAGAAAUGGAGUCUCUCUUGAAUCCAUCAAAGAGUGAUGAUAUAAGAAGAACACUAGGAGAUAGAAAACCAGAUUCUGGUGCUGUUAUACAUAGUCUCAAACAAAAAAUAUUGAAAUUAGAAAUGCAGCUUAGAGAGAAAGAUGCUGCUUUUGGUAAAUUACAAGGUGAUUUAAAAGUAACUAAGAUAGAUGAAAUGAGAUGUCAGAUGGAAGUAAUGUAUCAAGAGAUAGUCAGAUUACAGAAUUCCAAAGAUACUGGAGUAGCCAAGUCUGCUAGGUCUACCCCAGUGGGAAAAGAAAACACAGUAAAAAUAAAGGCGUUAAAUGAGACUAUUUUAAGAUUAAAUAAGACUAAUGAAAGAUUAGAAGCUGAUAAUAGAAGUUUAAAAGAAGAGUUAGAGAAAGCUACUGGUGGAGAUGAAGUUGAUGACAGCCGACUAACAGGCAGAGAUUAUGAAGAUAUGAAUAGAAGACAAUUAUUAAGUUAUGUCAAGAAAAUGGAAGUUAAAGUUGAGAAGUUAGAAAGAAGAGCUGAGAAUGAUAAUUUAUCAAUACUAUCAUUAGAUAAAAAUAGAUCUAAUGUACCUGGUAAAAUAGAUCUAAAAGGUAGUAUAGAGGAGAGAUUACAUCAGUUAGAUCAGAGAGAGACUGAAUUAUUAGAUGAAAUAGCUAAACAAAAACAUCUUAUACAUAAACUAAAAGAAGAAAGAUCUCAUUAUAAACAACAAUGUGAAGAUGGUAGACCACCAGGAACUCCUGGUAGAAGUACAAGAGCCAGUCCUAGAAGACCAAGUACUAGGGGUUCUGAAUCAUCAAGACCACCAACUGGCAGACGACGCUCCGGUUCUGAUGAAGAAGAAAGACUGAGACAAGAAAAAAUCGAAAGUUUACAGAAAAGAUCAGCAGCUAGUAACAUUCAAAGAAACUGGAGAAAACACAGAAGUCAAGCUCUUGAAGAGAGUGAGAUGAAGCAUAUUUAUUGUUCUAAAUGUAUGUUAUCUUGUAAAUGUACUGUCAUCUAUUGUUUCUAUCUUUUUCUCACUAAUGCACAGAAUCAACGAGACAGAAGAGUCAAUUCUUUUAAAGAGAAUCGGGCUGCUCGUAAAAUACAACAAGGUUGGGCUGGAUUCACUCACAGAAGAGAUAUGGAUGAUGCAAGUUAUGUGAUACAGGGUGCGUUAAAAGGACAUAGAGCUAGAAAGAACAGAUUAAAUGAUUACCAUACAGAAGAUUCUACAGAAGAUGAAUCAUUAGAUGAUGCUGCUUAUCUUAUACAAUCUAAUGUUAGAGGUCAUAUGGGUAGAAAGAAAGCAAUGAGAAAUUUAAGAUAUGACUCUACUGAUGAUGAAGAUUAUAGAGCAUCAGUUAGAAGACCUUCAUCAGGCAUGGGAAGCAGAAAUCAAAUAGGAAGUAGGAGAAGUAGCAGAUCUCCGAGAACUAAUUAUUUCUCAGGACAAUCUAAUAGAAGUUUCCAUGACGACGAUGAUUUUUAG